AAAUGACAGAUUUGGGAUGACUACGCGCGGGCGUGCGGCCUCUUCAGCUUAUUCGUGAUCAAUAAAGUAAUAUUAAACCAGUCAUUUCCUCCUCCAUUUAGAGUAGGCAGGGCUCAUCCUGCUCCACCCCCAGCAGUGGUCCGGAGCAGCCUACAAUCAACCAUUCUGCUUUUACGCAGAGAUUCUCGCUUCGUGUGGGACUGUAAUUCUUCUCCUUGUACAAACAGCUUGCCUAAACAGAGGCCAAGUGACAGUGUUCAGACGGUGCGCACGCCCUGCCCUCCAUUCGUCGUCACUGAAACCCUUCCUCAUUAAAAAAAAAAAAAAAAAAGCCAAAAAAAAAAAAAAAACCCUCAACACUUCCUCACAGCGCACGUCUCUGCUCCUGCUGCUGCGGCCAGAUGAAAAUCUCCCAGUACGCGGCCCACAUGCGACGCCAACUCCUACCCAGCAGAUUUUCGGUGCGGUAAUAGCCCUCUCCACAACACCGGAUAUGCGUUUCUGAGGAGAGCAAAGCGCCAGAGGAGCACAUCAUGAGAAAAGAGGCGGAUUUGCAAGAUAAACGGGCUGAGCCGGACAGACUGUUUUUCCCCAGUUUUUUUUUCCAGGGCUCGGGAGAACGCCUGACGGGGAUCACAGAGAGAGUUAGAGUUAAUGACAAGGAGAAGAGUGAUGGUCAAGCUUUCAGCCCACGCAUCAGCUGAACAGCUCCUCACCGCGACUUCUUAUCAGUUGUAGACUGAGUCCUGCCUUGUCUCUCCUGCAGACUGACUGUGGCUGAGGUGGAGGUGAGGAGUAUCUGGAAGUCCUAGAACUCCUAGAAGGCAGGAGCUCUGGAGAUGCCGGUCAGCCAGGGCACGCUGAUCUACCUGGGUGUACUGCUGAUCACUGCUGGAGCGGUCAUGAUCUUUGGCGUUGGCUUGCACUACCAGUCCGUCCUGCUGUUUAUAUUUGGGCUCCUCCUGGGCCUGGGCGGCAUUGGCCUGCUUAUUAGUGGACUCUGCAUGGCCAAGAGGAAUCUCCAGGUAGCAGUGCCCGGACACUUCCUCCUGCACCCCCGGACGGGCACACGCUUCAGCCCGCAGCAGGCCCUGGCCAUACAAAGGAGGCUGGACCGAAUUCGUCGGGAGAUGUCGGCGGACUCCGUCAGCAGGACGCCGGAUCCGGAGCCCUCCCUGCCUUCCACCCCUCCGCCGUGGACGAUGGAGCCGCCCCCGUCCUACGACACGGUGAUGAAGAGCCAGGAGCAGAGCGAGCAGCUUUAA